AUGCCUCACUUACCUGAGAAUGCUGAAAGAAGAAGAGGAGCAAUUGCAGCCUUGCGUGAAUUGGUCAGACAGGGGCUUGGUGUGGAAACGUCGUGUCGAGUUCAAGACUGGCCAUACUUCUUGAGCCAAGCAUUUAAUAGACUAAUGGCUUUGGAGAUAGUUGAUCUUCUUCCAUGGGAUGACUUAGCUAUUACAAGGAAGAAUAAGAAAUCACUUGAAUCACAGAAUCAAAGGGUUGUUAUUGAUUUUAAUUGUUUCUACAUGGUGUUGAUAGCUCAUAUUGCCCUGGGGUUUUCAAGCAAGCAAAAGGAAUUGAUUGACAAAGCAAAGACUAUUUGCGAGUGUCUGAUUGCAUCAGAGGGUACUGAUCUGAAAUUUGAGGAAGCUUUUUGCUUGUUCCUUCUUGGUCAGGAUGUAUGUGUUUCAGGUAUCAUUCUUAUUGGAAAGACAGGUGGGACUGCAGAAGAGGAUGCUGCUGCAUUGAUAAAGGAAAGUGGAACUGAGAAGCCUAUUGUUGCUUUUAUUGCUGGACUAACUGCUCCUCCUGGCCGUCGUAUGGGUCAUGCUGGAGCUAUUGUGUCAGGGGGGAAGGGUACAGCACAAGACAAAAUCAAGACCCUUAGGGAAGCUGGGGUGACAGUGGUUGAGUCUCCAGCAAAAAUAGGGGUUGCGAUGCUUGAUGUCUUCAAACAGAGGGGCCUUGUGAAUUAG